AUGGAACCCGAUAAUGGCCAUGAUGUCAAAAACGGUGAAUCAUACGAAGAGGAGCACGUCCAUAAGGUCUACCAAGAGAUCGCACCGCACUUUUCAUCAACAAGAUACAAACCUUGGCCAAUCGUGGAACGGUUCUUGAACGGACUUCCACACGGUUCCAUCGGCCUGGACGUUGGCUGCGGUAAUGGGAAAUAUUUAAAAGUCAACCCUAAUAUAUUUAUCGUAGCCUCCGACAGGUCCGAAGCUUUGACUACAAUUGCAAAGCAGCAUCAGCCCCACUCUGCAAUAGUAGCAGACACUUUGAACCUGCCACACCCACUUGGAUAUUUUGAUUUUGCAAUUUCAAUCGCAGUGGUUCAUCAUCUUUCUCUUCCGGAGCGAAGGGUGAAAGCGAUUGCUUCAAUUUUAGAUACCCUGAAACCGCCCACUGAAUCCGAUCCUGUCGGUGGCAAAGCCUUGAUCUAUGUCUGGGCUUUGGAGCAAAAAGAUAGUCGACGCGGCUGGGAUGUCGACCAUGACCAAGACGUGAUGGUGCCAUGGGUCUUGAAGACAAACGAAGAGAAGAAACCAAAAAUUAAAAAGGGCAGAGGCAAGAAGAAUCCCAACGACAUGCCCACAAAUGAGGCAACCGAAGAACCAAAACCAAAACAAGAAACGGCACCAGUUACGUAUCUUCGCUACUACCAUCUUUACAAAGAGAACGAAUUGGAAAACGAUAUCGCUGCUGCACAUGGUCGAAUUUUGGAUCAUGGAUAUGAGAAGGAUAACUGGUGGGCUAUUGCCUGCCCGCUACCGCGAUCGUGA